AUGUUGGUUCUGGAAAUCUCAAGUAUUAUAGACUGCAUUCAAAUUGAUGCUCCCAGGUUGAAAUCCUUUGGCUUUAGAGGCAAUAUAAAUAUACCUUCCUUGAGCAAAGCACCUUUUCUUGUGAAACUUUCACUUGUGAAUACAUCAACUAUUGUGCAGAUCAUAGGAAAAUAUCUUUUUAAGUAUUUUGAGUUUUGUCCUGCUCUCGAGCAUCUUCACUUGGAUUGUGGUAGUAUCCAGUUCUUGGCUGCAGGAUCAGGUGAUAUAGCAGCAAAUCUUUCCUCUCCUCUUAAUUAUCUUAAAUGUCUUUGCCUAUCCCACAUUUAUUUGGAUGAAUUAGUUGAGCUUUCUCCUUCUCUUUGCUUGAUAAGAAGCUCCCCAUAUUUGCAAGAUAUUCAAAUGAAGAUUGAUUAUGUGGCAUUGAAUGAAUUGCUUUUUCCUGUGCCCGAUGAUGUUGUUAAUGAAAUUCCUUCAAGUUUCUCAGAUGUGACAUUUAGUCACCUCAGGUCUGUUAAGUUUGAAGGUAUUACAGGCAAAAAGCCCGAAAUGGAGAUUGUCAAGCUUCUGUUAGCAAAGUCUCCGAUGCUUGUGAGAAUGCUAAUCCAACCAAACAAGGAAAAUGGAUCUGUUGAAACAAGACUAAAGGUACUUACAGAGAUAACAAAAUUUCCGAGGGCAUCACCUAAAGCAGCAGUUGUCUAUAACAUUGGUGUUUGA